AUGACGGUUCCUGUUUUCGAGACAAUCUUCGCGGUGCCCAUGACGUGCGAGUCUUGUGUCAAAGACAUUGAAGGUUCGCUCAGCCAGCUGAGUGGUAUUACCAAAGUCACAGCCAACCUCCAAGACCAAUUGGUGUCAAUUGAAGGCACAGCUCCUCCAUCCGCUAUUGUAGAUGCUAUCCAAGCUACUGGCCGUGAUGCCAUAUUGCGUGGAUCAGGCAAAUCAAACAGCGCUGCUGUGUGCAUUCUGGAGUCACAUGCUAGCCAUGUCGAAAACAAAGUUCGAGGAUUGGUACGCAUGGUUGAAGUGGCCCCAAGUAUGACCAUUGUAGAUCUCAGUAUCAGGGGACUAUCACCCGGAACCUACCAUGCCACAGUUCGGGAAUCUGGAGACAUAUCACAAGGACCUGAGUCAACUGGCAGCAUUUGGGAGGCUGCACAAGCAAGGAAAGAAGGAAAGCCGUGUCGAGGCAUCUUUGGUACGGUAGAGGUAGGCAAGGGUGGAGUCGGUGCCGUCUUUUGGGACAAGCCCAUCCACAUCUGGGAGAUGAUCGGCCGGAGCAUAGUGGUUGCGAGACAGCGGGAUGGAAAGUUUGACAAGAACGAUCCAGAUACGCUGGUGGGUGUCAUUGCUCGUAGUGCAGGCGUUUGGGAUAACGACAAGACGGUGUGCUCGUGUUCUGGAAAGACAGUCUGGCAGGAGAGGGAGGAACAACGUGAUCGUGGCAUGCUGUGA